CUAGUUAUGAUUUGGUAAUUUUUAGACAUUCUGUAUAGAUUCAUAUACAAAUAAAUAUUAUUAGAAUUAGUCUUGUCAUGAAAUUUGAAUAUACCUAGAGAUCGCCGAUGUAAACAAAUCGAGCACGAAACGAUGUCCAAUAAACCGUUGUUUACUACAAAUCUAUGCACUAUUCAAAGACAAAACUCAUGCUGAUGUAAAAUGAUGGUAUGGAGUAACUUUGCAUAACUUGAUUUUAACUUUUUAUGAGAUGCAGAGCUUGCAACAAUCGUUGAAAUGUGAAGAUGAGGACGAGGUCGGCGAAGAAAAUGGAGUUCUGUUUUGGGUGAACAAAUCAGGAUUCCCAAUUGAUGAAAAGACAUGGGAACGAAUGUGGAAUCAUGUAUCUAAAAUACAUCCUGGUGGAAUGGAUAUGGUGUACGAUAUCAAAUCCAAGCUUGUUUUACCAGAGGUAGCCAGUGCUUCUGCUCCAAUGAACUUACCUGCAAGCAUCCCUGUCUGUGAGAAGAUGGAGGUCAUCCAGAAAUACAUGAGCCAGCUACAAUACAAUCACACAGGAACCCAAUUCUUUGAAAUCAGGAAGAACCGGCCAAUAUCAGGACUAAUGGAAUCAGCCAGAGACAUGAUAAAGGAAUCUCUGCCCAUAAAAUGCCUCGAAGCUGUCAUACUAGGAAUAUACCUCACAAAUGGAAUUCCAGGGACCGAACGAUUUCCAAUAAGUUUUAAGACAUCAUUUAUGGGCAAUAUUCAUAGACACGUUGUACUUGGUGUUUACAAUGGUGGUAGAUAUGGUGCUCUUGGAAUGAGUAGGAGAGAUGAUCUAAUGAAUAAACCACUUAUCUAUAAGAGUUUGUCAGAGCUGAUUGUAGACUAUGAAGAUUCAUACACAAAAUACUGGCAUGAGAUUAAAAAAGUGAAGAUUGGUCUUCCUGUGUCACAUGAUCCACAUAGUUAUGAACAUAUAGAAUGGAGGCAUCUCAGCCUCAAUGUACCAAAACUGUCAAGGGAAGAAAUGUGUAAAGAACUAGACAGACAUGCAAGGGAAAUGAGAGUUAGGAGUAAGGUACCUGCAGGAGGGGUGCCAAUAUCUCCUACAAAAGUCAGCACCCAGCCAUCUAUAGCUGGCAUAAAGAAGAAUACAAGUAACAAGAAGAAACAUUCCAAGUCUGCCAAUGAGAAAUCCUCACCAAACAAACAAAACAAGGAUUUUACACUUCAACAAAACAAGGAUAUUACACUACAACAGAACAAGGAUGUUACACUACAACAAAACAAGGAUGUUACACUACAGCAAAACAAGGAUGUUACACUACAGCAAAAUAAGGAUGUUACACUACAACAAAACAAGGAUGUUACACUACAACAAAACAAGGAUGUUACACUACAGCAAAACAAGGAUGUUACACUACAACAAAACAAGGAGUCAAACCAUCUGAUGAAUUCUAGUCAAGUUAAUGAUAAUGAACCAAGUUCUAAAGACAAAGGUGCCAACAAUACAAUUACAAAUAAUUUGGAUGAAACAGACUCAGCCAAAUCUAAUAAUGAAUCUCAAGGAAAUGUUAAUACAGACACAUCAAAUAAUGACAUUUUGGAAACUCCCAUACAGGGAUCAGGUGAAGAAAGGACUACAAAUUCACAUGUCUAUCAAAUAAGAAUGUAA